UGUCUACAAGCAACAGCGGAGCAGGUCUAAGCGUUGGUCGGAAACCCUCGGUAGAGUAGCUUUUCACCCGCCGUCAUCCUCUCGAAACUAUGUCUGGAAGAAAGGGCAAGACCAGGGAGCCCAAGGAGGACAAUGUGACUCUUGGACCUGCUGUGAGAGAGGGAGAGCAUGUCUUUGGCGUUGCUCACAUUUUUGCCUCAUUCAAUGACACAUUCAUUCACGUGACUGACUUGUCUGGAAGGGAAACGAUGGUUCGCAUAACUGGUGGUAUGAAGGUGAAAGCUGAUAGGGAUGAAUCUUCCCCAUACGCAGCCAUGCUUGCAGCACAAGAUGUUUCUCAAAGAUGCAAGGAGCUGGGUAUUACUGCCCUUCACAUAAAGCUCCGUGCUACUGGUGGGAACAAGACUAAGACCCCUGGUCCUGGUGCCCAGUCUGCACUUAGAGCUCUUGCUCGUUCUGGCAUGAAAAUUGGUCGAAUAGAGGACGUGACCCCAAUCCCUACUGACAGCACCCGCAGAAAGGGUGGCAGGCGUGGAAGAAGGCUGUGAUUCUUUGCCUCUUGUUUGUUUCCUCGGCUGCAGAGUUUACCUUUUAUUCUCUACUUUUUGUGCUAGUUUAGAUGCAAAGCAUGUUUUUCUUUUAGUUUUGUUGAUGCACCUUUGUGGUUCUGGAACGGUUUUGGCUGACAUUCACAUUUGAGUUUUACAUAGAACCGGAGGUUGGUAGACAAUAUAUAACUAUCUGCGAGCUUCCUGCUUAGGUUAUUAUUAUUAUUUUGCGAAAACUUAGGUUUUAUUUUAAACGCGCAAUUGGUUAUAUAACU